CACAAGGCCAUGAUGCUGGCUGGCUUACGUCCUGAGAUUGUCCUAGAUAUUUGUUCUCGUGCUUUAGCAUUCUGGACCUACCAGGUAUACCAGGAGCGGUUAUACCAGGAAUAUAGUUACAGCAAAGCAGAAGGACAUCUGAAACAGGUGGAAAAACUGUAUACUCAUCAAAUACAAAGCAAGGAUGCAGAGAUGGUUGCUAUGAAAGGUGAAGUGAACUCUUUAAAGAAAAUCUUGGAAGAAUACAAAAGAAAAUACAGCGAACUCUCAGAAAAACUGAUGGAGCGCAAUAGGCAGUAUAAUAAGCUCCAGGGAAUGUACGAUGGACUGAGACUCCGCAAUAUGACUGUAGCUAACAGAGAGGCAUCUUCAACUGGAGAUCGAGCUCAACCGGACCAGUUUAUGGGUAACUAG